AUGAAGAAAACAUAUAAAAAAAAUGAGCGCUUUAUUUUUGCCUGCAUUUUGGCCUCCGUUUUUCUGGUCUAUUAUUUCACGUACAGUCAACAAAACGCUUCAGUCUCACGAGCUGCUACCAUUUCUCAACUAACGACGACCAAUGUAGCGAAUUUUAUGACACCCGAGAGAUCAAAUCAACCAAGUUCUGUUAAAGAAGCUACAGCCGAACCAACAGUGAAAGCGAAUAAAUUUAUCGAGAUUUCGCCAGGAAAUUAUGCUUUUCUUGCUAUCAUUGAUCGAAGAGAUGUUGAUCCGAGCUUUCCCGAAGCAAUUAAAGACUUCUUGCUUCCCAAAAUUUUAAACGGCGCCAAAGCACUGAUAUCAUUGUUUCAAAACACUGAACUUGUAAACACUGGAAAUGUACGAGUACUAAUGGCGCUUACAAGAAGCAAAGGUUUUUCUUGUCAGUUCAACGAUGGAUCCAAAAUAACUGGGGAAAUGGUGUUACAAAAUAAUAAUGGCGGAAAGGGAAAGAAAUUAUUCUAUAUGUACUGCGUUCCACCACAAAAUAUUGAUUUGGAAACUAUUGAUGAGAUCAGAAUAUGGGAUGAACAAAGCAUGACAUCAGUCGCCGUUCCAAUCAGCUACAAAAUACAGGAUGAAGGAAGCAUCGCCGUUUUCCCUCAAACCUUUAGCAUUUGUGUUCCAUUUCUUUAUGGAGAGAAAUACUCGGCAAAAGAUUUUGUGGAAUUCAUGGAAGCCAAUCGUCUGUUGGGUGUUGAUCAGAUCUCAAUUUACUCGGAUGACUCUUUGAAUGAAAAGCUGAAAAUGGUGAUGAAAGAGUAUUCGAAAGAAGGACUCCUCGAAAAUAUUCCUUUCUCGAUGCCGUUUGACUCCGCUGACGUCCACUAUUAUGGACAAUUCCUUACGAUCACUGAUUGUCUCCUCCGUCACAAUGGAAGAACGGAAUUCGUAUCUUUUCAAGAUUUAGAUGAAUUUGUGAUUCCUAAAGCGAACAAUAACAAUCAAUCGAUAGAAAACAGAUUGACUCUGAUCCCAAAACUCUUUUCGAACAAGAACCGCGCCUCGCUGAGACUCAAAGUCAUUUACGUUUUUCCGGAGGGUAAUGAACUACCAAUUACUCUGAAUAGUCACGAACAAAUCGACUAUGCGGACGAGAUAUCGACGAAGUGCAUCGUGAGACCGCAUUACGUUCUGGAACCGUUCAUUCAUGAAGCAACUUCCUUUGUUCGAUGGCGAUACGUGAGGGAUUAUGCAGAUACAAAUGACAUGGUCCUUUUUCACUACAAAAGCAAAGAAGCGUCCAUUUCCAGAAUAAACGCAAUUAGGAACGAAGAAAAAGAACGCAAAGUGAUAAAUACCAACUAUUAUUUUAUGGAUUAUUUCUCGAAUAUCUCACGGGUAUUCAACGAAAAGUGCAAACAACUUGGUCUC